CGCAUACCAAACGGGUUAUUUACGGCCCGUAUACGGUCGUAAUUUCGACGGAUACGGCCGUUCACGUCAUCGUAAACGACUGUGUACGGCCGUUUACGGGCAUAGUAAUGUUCGACCUGGGUUCCAGUCAAAACUGAACAAGUGUAAACUGAGAAAGAAGAGCCAAGAAAAAGUGAUUUCAGAGUAGGCAUCCUUUGUGAAUGGCCCCUUAACGCUUUACAAUAUAUAUUAUUUAUUUGCUUUUCCUUUUUUCGGUGCCCAUAAAAUUGUUUUUUUUCUUACUAAGUCUCAUUAAAAAUGACGAAUUUUUCAGCGUAGUUCUUAUAUCUUAUCGGCAGUAUAAGUUAGAAAGCUGAAACCUGAUGUUGUAUAAAGGCGAUUCUGCUGGUACCUGUGACAAAUUAAAAAAUAUAUUCAAAUUCGUCAAGAAGAACAAAAAUAAUCAGAUAAAAUAUAGCUUGGAUCCUAAUUACAGUAUUAAGUUACAAUUCAUUCAUAUAUUGAAGUAUAUGAUAACAUAUUUUAGAUAUUUAUUGCUUGUUUGAAUACAACUUGGUGCGUAAAUCAAUUAGUGCCAAGUUUAGAAAAGUUCGCUGAUGCUACUGCUUCUAGUUCAUUUAUAUUCGAAACAAUAUCACAGGUUUUAUAUGGAUUAUUUAAUGAAAAAAGAAUAAUGCUAUUUUAUUUUCUUCAUAAGUAGAAAUCAAAAAUUGAUGCAUCAAAAAUAGAUGAAGGAGCAAAACCAUCAACACUCAAAGGUGAAAUUAAAUUAGAAAAUGUUGUAUUUACUUAUCCAGCUCGUCCUGGGCAACCGGUUCUUAACAAAAUUAAUAUUACUAUUCCGAAUGGUAAAAGAAUAGCUUUCGUUGGACAUUCUGGAUGUGGAAAAAGUACUACCCUAGCUUUAAUACCUCGUAUGUAUGAUCCAGAUUCUGGUCGAGUAUUAUUAGAUGGUCAAGAUAUUCGGCAGUUGAAUAUAAAAUGGCUCCGUUCAAAUAUUGGUUAUGUUGGACAAGAACCUGUGUUAUUUUCAGGCUCAAUUAAAGACAAUAUUCGAUUAGGUAAACCGAAUGCAACAGAUACUGAAGUAUAUGAAGCUGCUAAAAUGGCUAAUGCUCAUGAAUUUAUUCUAAAUUUACCUGAACAAUAUAAUACAUCAGCUAAAGGUACGCUAAGCGGUGGACAAAAACAAAGAAUUGCUAUAGCUCGUGUAAUAAUUUCUAACCCUAAAAUUCUACUUUUGGACGAAGCAACCUCAGCAUUAGAUAAUAAAAGUGAAGAAUUAGUACAAAAGGCAUUAAAUAACGUUAGUAUUGGUCGGACAACAAUUAUUAUUGCACAUCGACUUACAACUAUUAAACAUGUUGACCUUGUAUUAGUUUUCGAUAAAGGAAAUAUUGUUGAACAAGGUACACAUGAUGAAUUAAUAAAACUUGAAAAUGGCAUUUAUCGCACAUUGGCCACUCAGUUUGGUCUAGAAGAAGAUAUUGAUAAAGAAAAACAAUUAUUAAAUAGUUCUUUAUCGCCAACAUUCCAGCGCAUAUCAUCCGUUAAUUCUGAAAAAGUACCAUCUCACGAAAAAGAAGAAGAAGAAGAAGAAGAAGAAGAAGAAGAAGAAGAAGAAGAAGAAAAAAAGAACGUUAGUGAUAAUGAAAAUGAAAGUGAUAAAAUCGAACAAUCUUGUUGUCAUACACCGCUCUUUAUUAAAUUACUUAAACUUAAUUCACCGGAAAAAUUGUAUUUAUUUGUUGGUUGUAUAUGUGCUUUUCUUUUUGGUGGUGUUGAACCAGCGGUUGGUCUAAUAUAUUCAAUUGUAUAUGGUCUUUUAGCAUAUCCAAAUCUUGAAGAUCAAUCAUUACGUACACGAAAUCUAGCAUUAGGUAUUUUUGGUGUUUAUGUUUUUGGUGGUAUUUUACAAUUUCUUAGUACAAUAACAUUUGCUAAGGCAGGUGAAGAAUUAACAUUACGUUUACGGUUAUUUACAUUUGAAGCAAUGUUAAGACGUGAAAUAAGUUGGUUUGAUGAUGAACAAAAUAGUGUUGGAUCGCUAAUUACUCGUCUUUCAAGUGAUACAGCUGCUCUUAAGGGGUUAACUGGAACUCGAAUGAAUGUACUUUUCUCAUCAUUAGGUGCCGUUAUUUUAGCAGUUAUUUUUGCAUUUAUGGCUGGUUGGAAAUUAACUUUAGUAGUUUUAUGUUUUACUCCAUUAUUAGUACUCUCUGGUUAUUUACAAGGACGAACACAAGCAAAAGCAGGUCAAUCAAAAACAGCUAAAUCAUUUGCUGAACUGGGUGGAAAAGCAAUCGAAGCUAUUCAAAACAUUCGUACUGUAUCAGCUUUUAAUCAAGAAGAAUUUUUUAUUAAUAAAUACAUAGAUGCAUUUAAUAGUGAUUUUAAGUCACGAAUGUUUAAAAUACAAAUACAAGCAUUAGGAAAAGCGAUUGCAAAUUCAUUUUUAUAUUUUAUUCAAGUUACAGCAUUCAGUUACGGAGCAACUCUUGUUGAAAAUUCUGAAAUGAGUUUCGAUGAAGUCUUUCGUGUAUUUAUUGUUAUUAAUUUUGCUUCAAUGUCUAUUGGUAGAAGUACAUCAGCAAUGCCUGAUUACAACCUUGCAAAAGCAGCAGCACACCGUAUUUUAGCGUUACGUGAUCGAAAAUCAACUAUUGAUCCUUAUGAUAGAAAAGGUUCUAAGCUGAACAAUCUUCAAGGAAAUAUUGAAUUUCAUGAUAUUGACUUCGCCUAUCCAACAAGAGCAAAACGAGUUGUACUUAACAAAUUUAAUUUGACUUGUUUAGAAGGACAAACAACAGCGCUAGUUGGUUCAUCUGGUUGUGGUAAGAGCACAACUAUUUCUUUAUUACUUCGUUUCUAUGAUUCAAAAAAUGGGCAAAUUCUAUUGGAUGGUCAAGAUAUACGAACACUAAAUGUAAAUUGGCUUCGUUCACUCAUUGGUUUUGUUCAACAAGAGCCAAUACUAUUUGAUCGUACUAUUCAUGAAAAUAUAGCAUAUGGUAUUAAUGAUCGACAAGUAUCAUCGGAAGAAAUUCAAGAAGUUGCUAAACAAGCUAAUGUUCAUGGUGAAAUAAUAAAAUUUCCAAAAGGUUAUGAUACUCAUUGUGGAGGUCCUGGAGAUACACAACUUAGUGGAGGUCAAAAACAAAGAAUAGCAAUAGCUAGAGCACUUUUGCGAAAGCCAAAAAUACUUUUGCUUGAUGAAGCAACUUCUGCACUUGAUAAUAAAUCUGAAGGAAUUGUGCAAAAUGCAAUCGAUAAAGUUCGAACAGGUCGUACAUGUUUAACCAUUGCUCAUCGAUUAACAACGAUCCAAAAUAGUGAAAAAAUUGCAGUAGUUGAAUAUGGCAGUGUGCGAGAAGAAGGUCGGCAUGAAGAACUUUUGAGACAAAAAGGUUUUUACUAUAAACUUCAUCGAGCAGCUGAACAACGACAUGCAUGA